GGAAAUUUCUGGAAUCGUUAAAAACCAUUUCUAUAAAAGCAAGCGUCAGAUACAUUGGAGGAUGGCUUUAAUAAUUUUUCAAUACAAGUGGGUUACAAGUUUGGUUGGUCAUGGUAGAGUCCAAACUUCAAGACGGUGUUAGUGCUGCUCUUUGGACGGUUCGUUUCUUCCUGUAUACUGUUAUUUUAGCUUUCUCUGCUACUAUUGUUGGACUAGAUGGACGUAAAGCGGAUAAUAUAUGGAACGAUAGUUUAUUCUAUGACGGCAAGUUUGUAGACUUUUGUGCCUAUUCUGCUUCUUCUGUCGAGGAAGGAGGUGACCACGGAGCUUGUAGAUAUGUGAUGGCGUUGGCUUCUAUAAGCUUGAUUCUGGUUUUCUUCCUCUGGUUAUUUACCUUUGUAGAUGCAUUGUAUCCUGUUCUUACCAUGUUUUGGUUCAUUGAAUUGGGUAUUAAUGUAUUUCAAACAAUGUGGUGGUUAGUUGGAGCCAUUGUUGUAAGUGCUAAAAGGCCUGACAGUUCCGUAUUGGACGCUCUGGGUAUUACAAAAGAUAUUAAUGCCAUCGAAGGUUUAUCUUGGAUCAACUUUGCCUUUAGCCUAUUCUUAUGUGGCAUUUCUAUCGCUGAUGGUCUUUUGGUUGGUCAACGAGGCACCGGUUCGGGGAAACAAAAUAGUGGAAACAACAAUAGUAACACUGCAUGAAUAGAUUGUUAGUCCUGUUGAAGUUGUAGAGUUGUAUAUAAGUUGUCUGUAUUCAGUAACUUGCUGUUAUUGCACAAAGAUUAAAGGUUGUUUGAAGAUAAUAAACCUUACAUUGUGAAGCUUUGCCUAAGCCCCUUUAUGUUAGUUCUA